GCAGCCGCUCUGGAGGCUGGGGAAAGCCAGAGUCUUCCACGUGCCAAAUUUGAUGCUUGCCGGGAGGCCAAUGCCGUGAUUUCUUGUGGCAUCGGUGACGCUCGAUAUGGCCUCGAGCUAGAGAGGGGGCUUCUUACUCUACGCCAUAAACUUAGGUAUUUCCUUCUUUUGUACAACCCAGCACAUUUAAAGCUGAAAAAAAUCGAAGAACUUGACUUAAAGUUUGCUAGAGAACUUACCGGGGGCGUUUAUUAUAGUGACCGAUAUGAGGCGAGCGAUGGCGAAGGUGGCACCGCCAUUGAUACCACUCGAUAUACUAAGUCACAGAUCCCACGCCUGGCUUGUGUUGCUGGAUCAUAUACCAUGCAGUUUCACGCCGAAGCCGCAUAUGUCAUUACGAAUCUAAUCCUCUGGAGGUUGACAGUCACUGAUGUAUUUGAAAACGAAUUCCCUGCAGUUACCCUCUACCACAUCCUGGUGGAUACGGCUGCGAUGUUCCUGUCGUCCAACCCCACAAGCUUGAAUGGCAUCAAACUUACCGAGAAUCUGUUUGGAAAUAUCUUGUCCGACCAACUG